AUGGCAAGAUUCUCACUUGGUGAAAGAAAGUUUUACUACUACUAUUUCCUCCUACAUAUUCCCAUUACACUGUUGAUCGAUUCUUCAGUGGUCGUCCCACCAGAGUACCAUCCCGCUUCGAAAUUGGUAGAGUGGCAUAUCGCCCAAAACAACGAUUUCUUACUAUGGGAGAAACCUAACUGGCUCUACUGGUUCGUUGUCAUCGAGCUCGUUGUCCAAUUGCCUCUAUUCGCCAAGUUCGCUCUAGCACUGCGUCCUUCGCAAGCUACAAAUAGUCAGGAAAAGGAUGAAAAGCUUGAAAAGGAGAAUAAACUGAACAGAUGGCUACGUAUCUAUGGUCUAAACGCCUCUUUUACCACUUUGAUUUGCAUGAUCACCAUCUGGCAGCGUGGUUACCAUCCAUUCUUUCCCACACAACCUCUCCAAAUUGACGAGAAGAUCCAAUUGCUGCUAGUCUACCUACCAACGUUCCUGAUUCCAUUGAGAUUGUGCUUCUUAUAG